AUGCCGCCUCACGAUACUUCGGAGGAACAACCUCUCCUCAAUGAAGAGGAUCGAAAUUCUGAAGCACCCUUUAAAUUCACUUCAACGCAAUUAGCGGAACUUAUAGAGUCUAGAAACCGCAAUGCAUUAAAAGAAUUAGGUGGUCCCGAGAAAGUUUUGGAAGGCUUAAGGGUAGAUCCUGCUAUUGGUUUAAGCUCAGACGAAGGAUUAGGCUCCUCUAAGAAUCAAAGGCAAAAGUAUUUUGGAAAAAAUGUUUUGCCGACAACCCCACAACGUUCCUUAUUAUCGUUAAUCUGGGAAGCUUAUCAGGAUAAAACUUUAAUUUUGUUGAGCAUUGCCGCCAUCGUAUCGUUGAUCGUGGGUGUUAGCGAGGACUAUUCUUCUCGUCAUCCUGACAACGAACCUCGUGUCGGUUGGGUUGAAGGUGCUGCCAUUCUGGCUGCCGUCGCCGCCGUUGUUUUCACAAAUGCAAUUAAUGACUACCAGAAGGAAAAGCGGUUUAGAAAACUUAACGCAAAAAAGGAGGACAGAACCGUUAAGCUUAUUCGCAGUGGUAAAGAACAUCAAAUUUCAGUUUAUGAAAUCAACGUUGGGGAUAUACUGCUACUCGAACCUGGAGAUAUAGUCGCGGUUGAUGGUAUCUAUUUGAGCGGACACAAUCUCCGCUGUGACGAAUCUAGUCUUACCGGUGAAUCCGAUGCUAUAAAAAAAGGCGAUUUGGACUCUAAUGGGGAUCCAUUUAUACUUAGCGGUGCAAAGGUAAUCGAAGGAGUUGGAAAAGCUGUCGUCGUUGCAGUUGGUCCUAAUUCAUACUACGGAAAAACCAUGAUGGCACUUAGUGGUGGUGAGAAUAUCGAGACACCACUUCAAGUAAAAUUAGAUGAUCUCGCUGAGCAAAUAGCAAAAUUGGGUGUUUCGGCCGCUUUGGCUAUGUUACUCACUCUUUUCAUCAAAUAUUUCGUCACUGCCGCUCGUUCGAAUGAAUUUCCUGACGGAGAAGCAAUCUUGACAUCACUAGUUUCAAUCGUUAUCCAGGCUAUUACCAUUGUCGUUGUUGCCGUACCUGAAGGGCUACCCAUGGCAGUAACGCUCGCACUUGCCUACGCGACCACCCAAAUGUUGAAGGACAAUAACUUGGUUCGGGUGCUUUCCGCUUGUGAAACCAUGGGAAAUGCUACCGCAGUAUGCUCAGAUAAAACUGGUACGUUGACACAAAAUAAAAUGACGGUCGUAGAAGGAGUUAUUGGUCGAAAGACGUUCGGUGAUGAAAAUGAGAUUCCAAGAUGGAAAAAUGAAGUUGCUCCUUCCACGUAUGACAUCACUGUGCAAGGAAUUGUGAUUAACUCGUCUGCAUUCGAGGGAAAGGAUGAUAAUGGAAAUCCGUGUUUCGUCGGUUCAAAAACCGAAUGCGCCUUACUCGGUUUUGUAAGUUCUUUUGGCGUGGAUUAUCGAGAAUUGAGAUCUCACAUCAAGCCAGUUAAAAUAUAUCCAUUUUCAUCAGAACGAAAAACUAUGACCUCAGUUAUAAAAUUAGCAACUUCAGGAAGUUCACACGGCAAAGCUCCUGCAAAUGCAGAAUAUAGAGUCCACGUCAAAGGAGCAUCUGAAAUAGUUUUAGGUUCUUGUUCGCAUUAUGUUGAUUCCGAUGGAAAAGUUCAGAAGCUCGAUGAGAAUUCUAAACGUGAUUUCGAGAUUGUUAUAACACAAUUUGCGGGCAAGGCUCUACGCACAAUUUGCUUGGCAUACCGUGAUGUGACUGCUAACGAAUUAGAACAUUUCAACGAGGAGAAUGCACCACUCGAAAAGUUAGUGUGCUUAGGAAUCGUAGGUAUUCAGGAUCCUCUGCGUCCUGGUGUAGUGGAAUCUGUGAAUGAAUUUAGGAAAGCUGGCGUCAUGGUCAGAAUGAUUACUGGUGAUAAUCUUUUAACAGCAAGCGCUAUCGCAAAAAAUGCCGGUAUAUUAACUAAAGGUGGUGUUGCUAUGACUGGGACGGAAUUUAGGAAUAAAACGAAGGAAGAACAAAGUGAAAUUGUUCCUUGGUUACAGGUACUCGCUCGUUCGUCACCAACUGACAAGACCAUAGUCGUCUCACGUUUACAAGAAGCGGGAGAAAUUGUCGCAGUUACCGGGGAUGGUACUAACGACGGACCAGCGUUAAAAAUGUCGGAUGUUGGAUUUAGCAUGGGUAUAACCGGUACGGAAGUUGCGAAAGAAGCUUCCGAUAUUAUUUUAAUGGACGAUAAUUUUAAUUCUAUCGUUAAAGCCUUAAAGUGGGGACGUGCGGUUAAUGAUAGUGUGCGAAAAUUUUUACAAUUUCAACUCACCGUAAAUAUCACUGCCGUUAUUUUGUCAUUCAUAAGCGCCAUUCUCAGUGAGGACAAUCAAUCUGUAUUGACUGCUGUGCAACUGUUAUGGGUUAACCUUAUUAUGGAUACCCUGGCUGCUCUUGCUUUAGCAACGGAGCCCCCUACAGAUGAUCUCUUAAAUAGACGGCCUACUGUUAAAAACGCAUCCCUAAUUAACUAUCGAAUGUGGAAGAUGAUCAUUGGACAAGCGAUUUUCCAGAUAGCUAUAAACCUGGCUUUGUUGCAUCAAGGCUAUAAGAUCUUUCAUCUCGAUGAAAACGAUAAACAUCAGAGGGCUGUAAUGCGAACCAUCAUCUUUAACGCAUUUGUCUUUCUUCAAGUCUUUAAUGAGAUCAAUUGUCGACGUAUCGAUGAUAGUUUGAACGUUUUUCGUAACAUCUUUAACAACCAUAUAUUCAUCAUCAUUCAAUUUAUUGUUAUUGCGGGCCAAUUCGCCAUUGUCCAAUUUGCCGGGACAGCUUUUGGCACUGUGCCACUUAACCAUUAUCAAUGGCUCGUUACCGUAAUAAUCGGGUCUCUUUCUCUACCUGUGGGUUUAAUAAUCAGGCUUAUUCCCAAUAGUUGCUUACCAGAAAGUGCUAUAAAUGAAGAUUUUAAACCAAAGGUCAGCAAAGAAAAGCGGUUGUGGGGAGCCGGAAUUUCCGAUGUCAGGACACAACUGAAAGUUUUCAGGGCCUUGAGAAAAUACAAGGGCAAGUCUAUUCCGGGAAGUAGAAAGAACAGUUUUGCCAAUGCAGCUCAUUCAGCGAUUGGAAAAUAA